GGGACACAGCGGGAUAGGGAACUACAGGGUGGGGUCACUGUUCUGUGUGGGUGUGGCUUUGGCCAUAGUAGUGGUUUUGACAGUAGUCAUCAGAGGAGCAACCAGCCAGCCUCUGACCAACACUGGGCAAAGAGCGACAGGCGAAACGCCUAAUGCACAACCCAAGGAUGCAAUCCACAGUGGUUACGGUGUCAGACAUGGAUCGUAAAACCAGCCGCACCAGCACCAACCAUGAGACCCAGGACACUGAAGCAACGACCCCACUGAACCAUGUCCCUGACGGGGUCACCCUGGGCACUGACGUCCCCUGCUGGUACUACUUCACCAGGCCCAUCCUGGCCAUCCUUAUCGGCGGAGUGCUGUUCGGCUUGGGCACGGCCCUCUCCCUGCUCUACUUCACCCAGGUGGGGAACGUGCCCUACCUGCUGGGUCCUGUGUUCCUUUCUGUGGGGCUCAUGUUCYUGGUCACGGGGCUGGUGUGGGUGCCCGUGGUGAAACAGAGACUAGAGCACAAGGCUCUGACCAAGGUCAAUGGCAAGGCGCUUCAGGUGCACGAACAGCACCGAAGAGCCAUGGACUCUUCAAGCUAAAACUAUGUUGUUUUGUAGAGUAGGUCAACCGUGUUAGUGGGGUUUUCUCCCAACAAUUCUGAAAAGCACACUUCCUAAAAGAUGUAUAAAUGUGUGAGGAGGCAGGUGUAACAUAACAUAGAUGGAUUUGUAUUUAUUAAAUAUUUUAUUUAUGCAGGUUAGUCUUAUUCAUAUAGGUUCCAUCUUGCAAGAGAGACCUCUGUGAAAUGCGCUGUUUAUCUGCUGUAUGUAGCUGUUCUCUAGGCCCUAAUACAAAUAUGGGAUUGAAUGACCUCGUCCUGUAAAAGGGAACAUCAUGUGAUUGCUCUGUUGRAGGGUUUUAACAUGAUCAGAACAUGGCCGUGCUGCUGCGGCCCAGGCUAUCCCAUCUGUCUGUCUGAUUGUGAUCUGUAAUAGUUGUUGUUUUUCCACCAUAAGCUGCUGUUUKCCUUGUAGCUGCUGUUGUAGUGGAUUGCUAAAUCCUUUAGAAACAGGAUUACAGAGUCAGAAAAUUMUACCGGACAUUAUUAUAGCUGAUUGUUGAACUCAUGAAGGACAGUUGGACACUGAUUGGUAGUGGGUGCACCCUCGCUCUGUCCCUCAAUACUGCUGCUGGAUUAAAUAAUCUAACCUUUUAUGUUUCUGGGUCAAAAAGAUUGUGUCCAUCUGGUCAAAAGCAAAAAAAUGUUUAAAGGAGGUGGGGCCAGUGGGAUUUAAAUUUGGUCUAAGUUAGCCAAAAUGUUUACAUUUUUACCUAAACUUGAGAUGUUAGUUUUACAUUGCAUUUGUUCAUUCAAUCAUUCAUGUAGGCUACUCUGAUUCCAUGUAAUAUCCAACAUUGUGAGAGCAGCAAGUCUUCAGGUACCCUUUAUCUUCUUUCUAAAUGUGUAAUUUUAUUUUUGAACAUAAUGCAGCAAUUGUGUAAUGAAUAAUAAAUUAUAUUUGAUA